UAUGACAAACAGAUGUAGCAAGAGUAUUACAGUUGAAACAAUUGAUAGUGAUGGUAAAGAGUGUAAAGUGACAGAUAAAUGCCUAAAAGUACCACAAAACUGCCAUAUUAAGGCAAAAGCAGAUAAUUCGGCCAGCGCAAUGUAUUAUCCAUUUAGUGGGGCUACAAAGUUUUGUGAUGAUUCUAAAAAUACUCCAGAAAAAGAAAGACAUAAUUCUGAUGCUCCAACACCACAAAAUUAUUUCUGCGAUGGCCAAAGUGCUUGGGAUGUUUUAAGGGAAUUGGAUGAUUUUAAAAAUGACAAUAAUCCACCGAUUGCUGCACAAGAAAAGAUUGAUUUCACACCAAAUUUUCUAAUUUAUCGGCAAACUUCAGACAAACUAAAUAUUGUGCUAGUUCUUGAUGUUUCAGGCAGUAUGUCAAAUGUACCGAGUGGAGCUGUAAAUCCCUUAAGGCAGAUUGUAUAUUCAGCCUGCAUUGAGUACAUAACUGAUUAUGUGGUUGCUGGUGAUCGCAUUGGUAUUGUGCAAUUUAAUAAGCACUCCCUUCUCUUACAAAGUUUAAUAACUGUAACGAGUACGAAUAAAGCAGAAAUCCUACAGAAAGUUCCUAACUAUGCUUCUGGUGGAACUUCCAUCAAGUCUGGAGUACAAGGCGGAGUAGCGGCGUUAGGUAAGGCUGCUCGAGGAGGUAUAAUAAUCCUCAUGACGGAUGGAGAAUCCGACAAUAACGAUUUACAACAAGCGAAAAAUAUUGCUGAUAGCUCAGGCAUUACUGUCUACAGCGUGAUGUUAACGAGAGAUGCGACGCCUUUUCUAAAGGCUAUAGCAGACGCCACUGGUGGACAAACGUAUUUUACAACUGGACAAACAGUAUCCAAUAAUGAACAAUCGGUUUCUGAAGUUUUACGUAGCAUUGGGAAUAUUCAAGAAGGUCUCCGCUCAAGAACAAAUUCCUACAGCCAAAGAGAUAUAGCAACACAAGUGUCGAAGAACGUUGUAAAUAUCCUACCAAGGCAAAAGCAGACGACCCAAUUCUGGAUUGAUCAAUAUUCUAUUAGCUUCUCCCUUAUUAUAUCUACUCUUGUUCAUCCUAAUACUAUUCAAAUUGAGUUGAUAUCGCCAAAUGGAAAUCAAGUUGACAUUAAAAAGUUUACAAAAAUUGAUUCCACAUCUAAUACUAUAAAGAUAACAGUUUCGGCCUCUGUCGGUAAAUGGAGAUACAUUGCUUCAAGUGUAUCCGGAAGUGUUAAUACGAGAAUAAAUGUUGACGUCAUAUCCUACACCAAUAGCCCAAGUUCUCAAAUUUCAUUCACAGGAAAGUUUAAAACCACUUUUAUCGACUUUAACAAAAAUAUCGAAGCUGUAAAGAUCGAAUCGAUGCUGUUUAUUGGAGAUUACGCAAUAAGAAAGGCUGAAGUUGUGGCACAUGUAUUCCUCGCUGGUAUUCUUGUUGAAAAAGUUCAACUUAAUGACGACGGUAUUGGUGCCGACGCGUUUGCUAAUGAUGGAAUAUACUCUGGAUAUUUUUCCAACAUAACCAGCAAUGGAAGAUUUACUGCAAGAUUUACCGCCAUCAACUAUGAAUCAAAAGCAUUCUACUCUACAAUAAAACAAUCUGAUGGAAUAAGUGACCACUCUAAUGGCUGCUCUCCACCGUCAUCAGAGAUAAAACUUUUAAGUCCAUUUGAAAGAAUAACAGCAGGAAAUUUUCUGGAUGUUGAAAACUUCAAACAAGGAGUAGACUAUUUUCCACCAAGUAAAGUUAAAGAUUUAAAGUUCACUGGUGUGAAUACAAAAGAGCAAGUCAUAUCAUUCGAGUGGACUGCUGUUGGUGACGACUGGAAUUUUGGAGUUGCAACAAAAUAUGACCUCCGAAAAUCAUCAUCGUCAAAGUCUCUAAGAGAGAGAUUUAAUUCAACUACACUACUCGAAGGUAUUGAAAAUUUAAAGCCAAGGAAAUCAGGCGAAAAAGAGAAAUUUCAAAUGAAAAUUUUAGAGAAUUGCAAAGAUAGCUUUUUCGUUGGGCUUAUGGUUAUCGAUGAUGCUCAUCGUACAAACCAGAGUCAGUUCAUCUGCACCCUUUGUGAAACAUUUCUAAAAAACAAAUCAAGAUACCUAAUGAACCAGAAAAGAGUGGAUCAAGAUGAAAAUAUUGUAGCUUUGGGUGAGAAUGGUCCCUCUGAAAAUCCAGAACAGGGGGAUACUGAUACUUACACGAAUCAUGAUGAUAGCACACAAGACUUAUUAGAGAUGAGUGGUGAAAAUGAAAAUCAUGCAGCUAUGAAUGAGAAUCACUUGUCUGAAAAUCAAGAACAAAUGCAAAUAGAUACUAACAUGGAUCAUGAGAAUUAUAAGGAGAUAAAUGAAGGAGAGGAAGAAGAAGAAGCAACAUAUGUAGAUAAAGAGUUUAAAGUUUUGCUUGGUGGAAGUCAGAGAGGAAAGGAUAUUUUAUAG